GUCUACAGCUAUUAAAAGGGCAAGGAACUGAUUCAUUAACUAAGAAUUUUACGUACUGUAUUAGCAAUGGUUGUUUACAACGAAAAAUAUAUUUAGAAAUACAACAAUGCUACCUCGCCCAACCAAUUCUUUACUGUGUCAAUGUAAAUAGGGAGAGGCACAGAUCAAAAUUUACAUCAUCACUAGAUACCGCAGUUUAAAAACCCAACCAUAGAUUCUGGACUGCCAAACGCUCAAGAAGAGAUUCAACUAUACACAACACCAGGCUUUUUUUUUACAUAACCCUUUACAAGGAUGAUUCCAAUGUCCCCUCAUAUUUUUUACUCCCACUAUGGACUUGACACCAAUCCUCCAGCCACCCAUCUUUGCUAUGAGGUCUACAGGCAGGCAGAGUUAAUUGCCUCCGGACACUUCACAAAUACUGAUGAAGAACAUGCGGAAGAAGUUUUUAUUGGGGAAAGAUUCCAAGAAGCGUGGAGAAACUGCACAAUUGUCUGGUAUAUCUCUUGGAGCCCAUGUGACCACUGCAUGGAGAUCUUGCUGAACACAUUUCUUCCCAGGAACCCUCUGGUCAAUUUGCACAUCAUUUUUGCCAAGGUGUACAGACACACUUCAAUGAAUAACGUUCGAGAGCUUUCCGAUAGAGGAGUGCAAAUUUGUGUCAUGACACCUCAGGAUUUUCUUAGAUGUUGGAAUCAUUAUGUCGAAACUGAGGAACCUUUUGUGCCUUGGACGGAUAUUCACAGAAAUUACCAGCGAGUUUCUAAUUGGCUUUAUAGAGCUAUUCAUGGAAAUAAUUAACACAGCACCUACAUUAAAUGUAUUUAUUUUAGCUUUAUUAUUUUUUAUCUCAUACUCCAUCCUGAAUGUUCAUUACAAUUAAUAGAAUAAAUAAAAUAUAUUACAAUAAACAGUAACGCUCCAUUCACACU